UUUCUAUUUAGAAAGAUGGGUCAAGGACUGAGUUGUGGAAAGAGUCCAGAGAAUGUAUUGUUUAGUGCAGUUCAAGUUGGAGACCUUGAAACUGUGGAAGCUUUAUUAGAGAGAGAAUCAAAUCUUUUACAUCAUAGAACUGUUUAUGAUCGCCAUUCUGCUCUUCAUAUAGCUGCUGCUUAUGGCCAGAUCGAGAUUUUGGCUAUGCUUUUGGAGAAAUCCGUGAACCCGGAUGUAGUGAAUCGUCGAAAGCAGACUCCACUUAUGUUGGCUGCAAUGCAUGGGAAUAUCUCCUGCGUGAAGAAGCUCAUUGAAGAUGGGGCAAAUAUCUUAAAGUUCGAUUCCAUUCAUGGAAGAACUUGCUUGCACUAUGCAGCCUAUUAUGGUCAUUCCGGCUGCCUUAAAGCGAUCCUCUCUGCCGCUCAAUCUAGCCCUGUUGCUGUUUCAUGGGGAUAUGCACGUUUUGUGAAUAUAAGAGAUGCCAAGGGUGCUACUCCCUUGCACUUGGCCGCUCGUCAAAGGCGGUCUGAAUGCGUACAUAUCCUGUUAGACAAUGGUGCUCUCGUUUGUGCCUCAACCAGUGGAUACGUUUGUCCUGGAAGCACACCUCUUCAUUUAGCUGCUAGAGGGGGAUCUCUCGAUUGUGUCCGCAAGUUGUUGGCAUGGGGUGCAGAUCGUCUUCAAAGAGAUGCAGCCGGGCGAAUACCAUAUGUAGUUGCUUUAAAGCAAAGACAUGGAGCAUGUGCAGCCCUGCUAAAUCCUUCAUCGGCAGAACCUAUUGUAUGGCCAGCACCUUUAAAAUUCAUAAGCGAGCUUAACGAGGAGGCGAAGACACUAUUAGAACAAGCCUUAAUGGAGGCAAACCGGGAAAGGGAAAAGAGCAUCCUGAAGGGAACGACUUACAUAAUUGUAUCACCCUCACAUUCCGACUCCGGGUUAGAUGACAUUAUUUCCGAGGCUAGUGAUACCGAACUAUGCUGCAUAUGCUUCGAACAAAUCUGCACAAUUGAAGUUGAAGAUUGCGGUCACCAGAUGUGUGCACAAUGCACACUGGCCCUGUGUUGUCACAACAAGCCAAACCCCACAACUGCAAGUGUAACACCCCCUGUAUGCCCCUUUUGCCGUAGCACCAUCGUCCGAUUGGUGGUAGCCAAGGUAAAGAAUCGCGAAGGAAGCAGCAGCUUCAAGAGUUUAUCAGCCGUUGGUUCGUUUAGCAAGAUCGGUGGGCUAGGGUCCGGAAGGGUCGCCGCUGAAAACGAAUGGGUGGAUAAACCUUGAAAAAUAAUGGCAGUUGGAAGUAUCCCAUAUUUGUUAUACAUGUUAGAUAGAGGUUAUGUAGAUUUUGAGGGAAAAUAAUUAAAGAAAUGAGUUGCAGGUUGAAAUUGGUAAGUUUGAUAAAAAGCUUCAUUGGCUCCU